AGUCAUGCGCAUCACGCAGUUCCGGUUUGUACAUGCUGUUGAUUUUUCGCAUAAUGAAGUUUCUAUGAAUGAAGAUGUUCUUUGUGUUAUAUAUAAAUUCUUUGACGAUUUUGACUCCAAAAGUCAAAUAUUUAGAGGGAGAAACAUAAAAUGUCUAGUCAGUCUGUUCAAGUGAAGAUUGAACUUGGUCAUCGAGCCUCUCAGAGAGAUUCACCAUCACAAGAAGGGUACACACAUGAUUGGACUGUUUAUGUCAGAGGACCAGAGGGGUGCAACAUUUCAAAUUUUGUCGAAAAGGUUGUUUUUAAUCUACAUCAUAGUUUUCCACAUCCUAAAAGAGCUGUAGUGGCACCACCGUACCAUGUGGCAGCAAGUGGUUAUGCUGGAUUCACGUUACCAAUAGACAUUUAUUUCAAAAAUAAAGAGGAACCCAAAAAAAUCAGAUUUCAGUAUGACCUGUUUCUAAAAUUAGAUGAUACACCAGUUAAUCAUAUAAGAUGUGAGAAAUUAACAUUCCAGAAUCCAACAGAUGAAUUCAAGAAAAAACUACUGAAAUCAGGAGGUACAUUGGUUGGCAAUGGUGCUAGUCUUGACAGCAGUGGCAAUGGCAAACAAUUUACAGAAUUAUUUGGCCAGCCAAUCACAACUGAUACAGUUAAGAAAGAAAAGAAGUCAAGCUCUAAGGAAAAAGACAAGGACAAAGACAAAGAGAAAAAACCAAAGCCUGCAGGCAGUGUGUCAUCAGAAAGCACUUCAAAAACAACAGUGGUUCCAUCCAAAUCAUCUGAACAGACUCCAAAUUCCAAAGAUCAUAAAAGUUCCACACCAAAAGAUAAGCAUUCAUCAUCCAAGCCUUUAAAAAGGCCAUCAGAUGCAACAGAUACUAAUCCACCUAAAAAACAAAAACGGAGUUCGUCCAUUUCCUCAAUACAUUCAGAGGAUAAACAAAGACUAAAAACUGAAACAGAUAAAAAUAAACAUUCUAAACACAAAGAAAAGAAGAAAUCUUCAGAAUCUACCCAUAAUUCCCAUGAUAGAAAAGUAACAUCGUCAUCAGAUCAUAAAUCAAGCUCUCAUCAUAAGAAAGAACACAAAUCAAAACAGGAGAGUGGAUUAGUGGCGACCAAAAAGAUUCGAGAAAUACCAGUAAAGAAAGAAGAAAGUACGCCAAAGCGAGAUGAGACUAAGAAACCUGAAAACGCUUUUAAUAAGAAAGAUUUUAUUAAAGUCAGGAAAAAUUCUGUGGAUGCCCCGGUAAAAAAGAAAGCGAGGAUUUCUGAAUCUAGCAGCAGUAGUGGAAGUGGAAGUAGUGAUAGUGACAGUAACUCGAGUAGUGGAUCAUCCUCAUCCUCGUCUGAUUCUGAGUCAGAAGCAUCUGAUAAUGAGGUGGAGGUUAAGAACAACGAGGUGGAGUUGGGUCACGAUAGUGGUAAUGAUACUGACAUUUUUGAGGAAGACACUGAAGAUAACAAAGGGAGACAAACUCCUGAUGCAGAGUAUGUGUCUGCUGUUACAAGUGAAACUUUAAAUAGACCAAGAGCCGAAGCUCUUAAUGACAUAUUAAAACAACUUGCCAAUGAUGAUGAUGAUGAUGAUGAUAGUGAUUACGAGGCAUUUGCAGCCUCAGAAUUAAUGUCACACCAUAGACCUUUUGCAAAAUCAUCUCCAUCGUCAGUGAAAAGUUCAUCAUCGGUGAAAAGUUCAGCUUCGGUCUCGAGAAGAAUGGAUUCUCCGUCUUCUUUCGUAAAUUCCAAAUCUUCACCGAUGUCAUCCUCCCAUAAAAGUUCCAAAUCAUCUCAUCACAACACUGAAUCAUCUAAGCAUUCAAAAACUUCGCAUUCAGAACCGGGGCAAAAAAGUUCCAAAAGUUCUUCAUCAGAUAAGCAACCAACACCUUCACAAAAAGGCUCCAAGCCAUCUACACCGUCAUCUCAGAAAAGUUCUAAAUCCCCUAUAUCACAUAAAUCUGUAGCUCCAUCACCGACAUCUUCUCAUAAGAGUUCAUCAAAAUCUAGUCACCAUUCCUCUUCAAAAUCUAGUUCAUCUAAGAAAUCUAGUGAUGAGGUUAAGAGAGUGGAAAAAACAACACCUGAUGAAACAAUCAGGAAAGUGAAGACUGACCAAGAGAAAAAAGAAAAAGCUUCUUCAGAUGUAAUAAAAGAGCACAAAAGUUCAUCAAAGUCUAGUAGUAAACACAAAGAAAAAAGUAGUGAAAAACAUUCAAAAUCAGAUUCUUCGAAGGACACAAAAAACAAAAGUGAUAGUAAAGAAAAAGAAUCAAAAAGUAAGGAAAAGGAAAUUAAGAAAAUAUCUGAAACAAAGGACAAGGAGAAGGAGAUACGGGUUAAAAGUGAAAGUAAAGAUCGGGAGAUCAAGAACAAAAGUGAAAGUAAAGAAAAGGAAGUAAGGAAUAAAGUAGAAGCAAAGGAAAAAGAACAUACAAAAGAAAAAAAUGAACAAGAAGAUAAAGAGUCAAAGAGCAAAACUGAAAACAAAGAGGUUGAAAAAGAAAAACUGUUGAAAGGUAAAAAGGAAAACAAAGAGAAAAUUAGGAAAGAAAGUAAAAAACGUGAACAUUCAAAAGAGAAAAAACAUUCUGGAAGAGAAAAAUCUAAAUCUGAUUCUGCAAAAGAAAUCAAAACUACACCAAAAGAAGUCAAAUCUAAGGAAAAAAACGAAGAAGAUAAAUCUCAAAAUCUGUCUUUAAACAAGGAGAGUAAAACUAAAGCUAAGAAUGUUGAAAAAAGUACAGAGGACACCAACAAAACAUUGGAAAAAGAAAAAGAAAAGGAAAGAGCGGCAAAAGAAGCUAAAGUUAAGGAAAUUUCUAAAUUUUUGCAAGGAAGCAAAACGUCUAGUAAAGACAAUAGAAAUAAAGAAAAUGAUGAGAAGUUAAAAUUAAUUAAACAGGAAACUAGAAAUAAAGAAAACGAUGAAAAAAUUAAAUCAAUUAAACAGGAGGCCAAAAAUAAGGAAAACGAUGAAAAACUGAAAGCAAUUAAGCAGGAGACCAAAAAUAAGGAAAAUGAUGAAAAACUAAAAUCUUCCAACCAUUCAUCAAAUAAUGGUAAGGAAGCAAAGAAAAAAGAAGGUUAUGAAUCUUCAGCCAGAAAAUUUGAUUCACCUGUGAAGGAAAAGCCAGUGGAAGCAGAGGUGAAAAAGGAAAAUGUUAAGGUAGAAAAUAAUGAAGAGAAAGUAGCAAAGACUGCAAACAUAUUGAAGGAAUCAAAAACAGAUUUGAAAUCAAAUUUGCAAGAAGAAAAGUUAAUUUCUAAGACAGAACUAAUAACGAAAGAAGAAGAUACCACAGAAAUCACUUUUGAAGAUUCUAUUGAGAAUCUGGGGAAAGUCCCUAAUGGUGAGGAUUCAGAAGACAAUCUGGGUAAGGCUCCGAACGGUGAAGACCUUUAUUCUUUGCUUGAGUUACAUGAAAAACUUGAAAGAAUACAAGAUUCUGUUAUCUUAGAAAAGGUUGUACUUGCUAUACAGGAAACAGGAAUGUAUAAUGUAGGGGAGACAACCUUUGAUUUUGAUCUGUGUGUCCUUGACAGCAAAACUGUCAGACUUAUUGAAAAUUUCUUAAGUAAUAAUGCAGUGUCAGCAAUGUAAAAAAAAAAGAUUUUGAAGGUCGAUUUUUUUUUUGUAUUUGGGCAAAUUCAAGUUCUCUUUUGCAGUAAUGUAUUAAGAUAUUUCUCAAACAUUUUUAUGUAUACAAUUGCAAAGUGCUAAAUUUUAUAUUCUUGGACUUUUUAUUGCCUUGUUGUUUUAUAAAUUAUUUCAGAAAUUGAUUGUAUAUUUUUGUACAUGUUGUUGAACAUGUUGUUUCUUUGUGCUGUUGUGUUUUAUUGUUUUAUUAACAUUGUUUUAAACUGUUUCAAAAUCAUAAUUCAACUGUUAGGACUGUAAAAAUAUGCUGAAGGACAAUUUGAAAUUUGGAUAAUUUGUGAAAUGGAGGCCUAGGGAGUCCUGGAAAAUAGAAAAAAAUAACAUCUUGUGGCUCUUAAUUUUCAAUUACAUUUCAAGAUCUUUUAGAUAGAUACCAGGCCAUUAUAAUUGCCCCAUUUACUUAUGUUUGAUGAAUAUCAACUCUUAUGAACAAUAAAAAGACAAAUUUUCAUGACGAAAUAAAGUACCGAUAAUAUUAAUGUUCCUUUCAAUCCUUUGCAAUCUAAUAUUAAGACCAAUCCAUUUAUCUUUUCAUGAUUGAUUUUAUUCUAAACUAAAUUAAUUAUUUUUUCAAUAAUGAAUUUGUGCUGCACUUGCCUUAAAUUGUUGUUUGGUCUCUUGUUAGUAUUUGUCACACUGGCAAUCACACCGCAACUCCUGAUUUAUAUUACCAUGCAUUAUCUGUGGCCAACAAUAAAUACAAUUGAUAUACAUGCUUAAUUAUAUAAGAUGUAAUAGAAAAAAAAUAUCUCUUGUACUAGAUUCGUUUUUUUAUUGCAA